AUGACAGCCAAAUCAAUCACACUGAAAGCGCCCAACGGCAAGGAAUGGGAGCAGCCCACCGGCCUGUUCAUCAAUAACGAGUUUGUGGAGUCGAGCAAGCCCGAUAAUACAAUCUCUUCGGUCGAUCCUGCCACCGAGAAGGAGAUUGCUGCAGUACAGGCUGCAACGCCGGACGACAUCGAUCGUGCUGUGAACGCUGCAAAGAAGGCGCUGAAGAGCCCGGAGUGGAAGCUGCUGCCCAACACUGAUCGUGGGCGACUCAUGGUGAAGCUUGCGGAUUUGAUGGAACAAAAUCAUGAGCUCCUUGCAACAAUAGACGCAUGGGACAAUGGCAAGCCAUACAGCGUGGCGUACAACGACGAUCUCCCUGAGGCAUUCAAUACCAUCCGCUACUAUGGUGGAUGGGCAGACAAAAUUUCCGGGCAGACAAUAGGCACUACACCACAAAAGUUCGCCUACACCGUACGACAGCCCAUUGGCGUGGUUGCACAGAUCAUCCCAUGGAACUACCCUCUCUCAAUGGCUUGCUGGAAGCUUGGCCCUGCCCUAGCUUGUGGUAACACUAUCGUGCUGAAGCCUGCGGAGCAGACACCGCUGUCUAUCCUUGUCUUGGCGAAGCUUAUUAGGAAGGCUGGCUUCCCUCCUGGUGUUGUCAACAUCGUCAACGGUCUCGGGCGCGAGGCUGGUUCGGCACUGGUUCAGCAUCCGCUAGUCGAUAAGGUCGCUUUCACGGGAUCUACAGCCACAGCUACACAGAUCAUGAAAAUGGCCGCAGUUGGGCUGAAGAACAUCACUCUGGAGACUGGAGGCAAGUCGCCGCUGCUCGUUUUCGAUGAUGCCGACAUGGAGCAAGCAGUCAAAUGGUCGCACUUCGGCAUCAUGUCGAACCAGGGUCAGAUUUGCACUGCAACCUCCCGCAUCCUGGUGCAGGAGUCCAUCUUUGACACUUUCGUCGAGAAGUUCCGCAAGCAGGUGUCUGAAGUCUCUGUGAUUGGCGACCAGUGGAGUGAAUACACCUUUCAAGGACCCCAGGUUACCAAGCAGCAGUACGAACGAAUUUUAUCGUAUGUCGACAUCGGCAAGGAGGAAGGUGCUAAGCUCGUCGAGGGUGGAGAGGCUCGCAGCGGAGAUGGGUACUAUAUCAAGCCCACCGUCUUCAUCGGCGUUUCAUCAAACAUGCGGAUCUACAGAGAAGAGGUCUUUGGACCUUUUGUGGUCAUCGCAACUUUCAAGAGUGAGGACGAGGCUAUUGAAAUGGCGAAUGAUACAAUCUAUGGUCUCGGUGCCGCCGUGUUCACGAAAGAUCUGGAAAGGGCGCACAGGGUGGCUUCAGAGAUUGACUCUGGCAUGGUUUGGGUGAACAGCAGUCAGGAUUGUGACUACAGGGUACCGUUUGGUGGUGUCAAGCAGUCAGGUAUUGGACGUGAGCUGGGCGAGGCUGGCCUGGAGGCCUACUCCCAGGUGAAGGCGGUGCACAUCAACAUGGGCAACAAGCUAUAG